CUUUGAUAUUCUAUACGCUGUCUCCAGAUGUACAAUAUUCUGCCCUGCCCUACCUUCUACUGAUAUGAGUCAUAUUUUAUGGCUAGUUUCAGUGAACUGUUGAUCUGUCAAAUUUUCAUUUCCAGGUAAGAUCUUGUACUGAGGACAAUGACAGAACACUUCGGCCCCAUCACCCUUAAAUGGGAUCCAAAAAACCUAGAAAUCAGGACCAUGUCUGUAGAGAAAACUUUGGAGCCAUUAGUUCUUCAGGUAACCACUUUAGUUAAUACUAAAGGGCCAUCUAAGAAGAAGAAAGGUCGCUCCAAGAGGGCUCAUGUACUCGUCGCAGCUGUUGAAAAAGCCACUGAAAAUUUUAUUGAAAAAGGUGAAAUGAUUGCUUAUGAAAACCCGGAUAUCAAACAAGAAAUGCUUUCAGCUGUUGAAGAAGUUCGAAAAACAGGUGAAGCUAUGAGUUUUGCAGCCAGGGAAUUUGCUGAUGAUCCAUGCUCUUCGCUCAAGAGAGGCAACAUGGUUCGAGCUGCUCGCAACCUGUUGUCAGCUGUUACUCGAUUGCUCAUCUUAGCUGAUAUGGUUGACGUGCAUCUACUGCUCAAAUCACUAAGAGUGAUGGAAGAUGACCUCGACAAGGUGAAGAAUUCAUCAUCACAAAUGGAGCUGAUGGAGCAUUUCAAAGCGUUUGGCCGCAACGCCAGCGAGCUGAUGAAUCAGGCGGCAAAGCGACAGCAGGAGUUGAAAGACCCACAAUUGAGAGAUGACCUGGCAGCCGCACGUGCUGUCCUCAAGAAACAUUCCACUAUGCUGCUUACUGCUUCCAAGGUGUACAUACGGCAUCCAGAGCUCGCAGCGGCCAAGGCCAAUCGAGACUAUGUAUUCAAGCAGGUGUGUGAGGCUGUGAACACUAUCAGUGACGUGGCUCAGGGCAAGGGACCUGGACUGCCUCAGAACCCCUACGAUGGUCCCGGUGAGCUAGCAGCUGCACUUGACGAUUUUGAUGAGAGGAUGGUGAUGGAUCCACUGGCAUACAACGAAGUACGCACUCGGCCCUCACUCGAGGAGCGUCUGGAGAGUAUCAUCAGCGGUGCUGCACUCAUGGCAGACUCCAGCUGCACUCGAGAUGAGCGGCGAGAGCGCAUUGUAGCAGAAUGUAAUGCAGUACGUCAGGCACUCCAGGACCUGCUCUCAGAGUACAUGGCCAAUCAAUUGACUCUUCAACGGGGUGGCAAACGGAUGAGUGUAAAGGACACAAGCGAAGGAUUGGAGCGAGCUAUUGACCACAUGUGCCGUAAGACUCGUGACUUGCGCCGCCAGUUGCGCAAAGCUGUCGUGGAUCACGUCUCUGACAGUUUUCUGGAGACAAGCGUCCCGCUACUGGUUUUGAUUGAGGCCGCCCGAGCCGGAAAUGAAAAGGAGGUGGAAGAGUAUGCUUUGGUUUUUACUGAACACGCAAAUAAACUAGUAGAGGUGGCGAACCUGGCUUGUAGCAUGUCAAACAACGAUGAUGGGGUGAAGAUGGUCCGCUACGCUGCUGGCCAGAUUGAUGCACUGUGUCCGCAGGUGAUCAAUGCUGCACGGAUACUGGCAGCACGACCCCGUGUUAAGGUGGUCCAAGAAAACAUGGAUGUGUUCCGUGAUGCUUGGGAAAACCAGGUUCGCGUCCUCACCGAAGCUGUUGAUGAUAUCACUACCAUUGAUGACUUCCUUGCAGUUUCUGAGAACCAUAUCUUGGAGGAUGUGAACAAAUGUGUGCUAGCACUGCAGGAGGGGGAUGGAGACACACUGGACCGUACAGCUGGAGCUAUCAGGGGCCGCUCAGCUCGUGUAGCGAAUGUUGUCACCGCAGAAAUGGACAACUAUGAACCUGGGAUGUACACAAAGCGUGUCUUGGAGGCCAUAAAUGUUCUUAGAGAACAAGUGAUGCCCAACUUUGCUCAACGUGUGGAGGUGGCUGUGGACGCAAUAUCAUCCAACCCACCUAAGGACGUGGAUGAGAACGAGUUUAUCGAUGCGUCUCGACUUGUGUAUGAUGGUGUAAGGGAAAUACGAAGGGCCGUUCUGAUGAACAGAAGCUCCGAGGAGUUGGACACAGACACAGAGUUCGAACCAGGUGAAGACAACAUGACCAUCGACAACAGAAGCAGAUCAAGUGCACAUACAGAAGGCCAUGGAGUGGAUGAAUACCCAGACAUCAGUGGCAUUACUACUGCUAGGGAAGCAAUGCGUAAGAUGACAGAAGAGGAUAAGCAGAAGAUCGCCCAACAGGUGGAAUUCUUCCGAAGUGAGAAGCUCAAGUUCGAUCGUGAGGUGGCCAAGUGGGACGAUACCGGAAAUGACAUCAUCGUACUCGCCAAACACAUGUGCAUGAUCAUGAUGGAGAUGACAGACUUCACCAGGGGCCGAGGACCUCUGAAGACAACGAUGGAUGUUAUCAAUGCCGCCAAGAAGAUCUCCGAGGCCGGUACAAAACUAGACAAAUUGACGAGGCAGAUUGCAGACCAAUGUCCAGAAUCCAGCACCAAAAAGGAUCUGUUGGCAUACUUGCAGCGCAUUGCACUCUACUGCCAUCAGCUCAACAUCACCUCCAAGGUCAAGGCUGAUGUGCAGAACAUCAGUGGAGAGCUCAUCGUCAGUGGGUUGGAUAGUGCAACAUCAUUGAUCCAGGCAGCUAAGAACCUCAUGAAUGCUGUUGUGUUGACUGUGAAAUCCUCUUACGUAGCCAGCACCAAAUAUCCCAGACCUGCAGGCCAAGUAGUGUCCCCUAUUGUUGUGUGGAAGAUGAAGGCCCCAGAAAAGAAACCCCUUGUGCGGCCUGAAAAACCUGAAGAAGUCAGAGCUAAAGUGCGUAAAGGCUCCCAAAAGAAGGUUCAGAACCCCAUCAAAGCAUUGAGCGAAUUCCAAAGCCCUACUGAGAGUGUUUAAGUUAUUUUAUAUUAUUUAUACUUUGUUUAAUAUUUAUGACCAUAUUGUAAUCAGUAUUACAUUGGAAUAAAUUGCAUUUAUCCUUGUGUUUUAUUUAAA